AAGAGCUCGCGAGUGAUGUGUUUGUGUAUCCUCAGUGUUUUCCUCUCUUGAGUGUUUUAUUGAGUGUAAACAGAGUCUUGUCUCUGUGUAUUUUAGUGUUGAUGAUGGAUGUGAUGUGCUGUAAAUCAGGAACUGAUCAGGGUUUACAGGAUGAGGAAUCUACUGAUCAAACCUCCACAGAGUCUCUGGAUUCUGUCUGGAACGCUGGAGAACAGCAGCAGAUCCUGCAGACCAAACUCAAGAUGUGUUCAGUCAAACUAAAUGACUGUGGGAACCAAACUGAGAUUAAAACAGAACCCACAGAAAUAAAAAUAGAACCAACAGAAGACGACGACGAUGACGAUGAUGAUGAUGAUGACUACGACGACGACGACAGUGAAUACAUUCCUUCAGAUAAGAAGAGUGUCCGUUUUACUAACUUACACGAGAAGAAACUUUAUUCAGAAGAUCACAAAGAGAAGAAGAAGAAGCAGUUUCCCUGUGAGCAGUGUGGAAGGAUUUGUGUUUCUUCUUCUAGUCUGAUCAUUCACAUGAGGACACACAGUGGUGAAAGGCCUUUCCACUGCACUUACUGUGACAAAUGUUUUCUCUGCAAAGGAAGUCUUAAUGUUCAUGAGAGAACUCACACAGGAGAAAAACCAUACGAGUGUCCUCACUGUGAGAAGAGAUUCAUUAGUGGACACCAUUUAAACAAACAUGUGCGUUUACACACCAAUGAGAGACCGUAUCAGUGCAGUGAAUGUGGAAAAACCUUUAGGAUUUUAGAUUCUUUAAGGAAGCAUGAAGUAACACAUUCUGAAAGACUUCAUCAAUGUUCACACUGUGAUAAACGUUUCUAUCAUAAAAAGGAUCUGAUAAUCCAUGAGAGAGUUCACACGGAAGAGAAACCUUAUCUCUGUUCUCACUGUGGAAAGAGCUUCUCUGCUUCAGGUACAUUGACUGUUCAUCUGAGAGUUCAUACUGGAGAGAAACCUCAUCACUGCAGUGUUUGUGGGAAGAGUUUCAGUCGACGUGGCAAUUUAGUGACACACCAGAGAAUUCAUACAGGUGAAAAACCUUACAAAUGCUCUCAGUGUGGAGAGGGGUUUAAUCAAGCGGUUCUUCUGAGAAUCCAUCAGAGAGUUCAUACAGGCGAGAAACCUUACCGCUGCUUGAUCUGUGGAGAAAGAUUCGCUAAUGUAGGACCUUUUAAGACUCAUCAGAAGAAACAUGCUGAACAACAAACUGAUCUGUGAAAAAGACAAAUAACUUGUACAUAAAAGAUUUUUUACCAACACAA